GCAAUGGCUGAUGAGGGUUUGGACCCUGAGACACAUGUGUUUGAAAUAUCUGACAAGAGAAGACCCUCCACUCAUUUAUUUGUAGAAGGCAUUGAGGAAGAUAAAUCUGAGAAGGAGAUGAAAGUGGUAGAGAAAUCUGACCAGCAGGCUGAAAUAGAAACAAAACAACAAGAAAAUGAUUCCAAGGAGGAAAAUAAAACGUCAGCAGAUGUUGCUAAACAAGAUGAAGAGGCUAAAAAUGAUACAGAAGUCGGUGAAACUAAUGAAGCUAGAAAGGAUGAGAAACCAACAGAAGAUGCUGAUAAAAAAGAAGGUACUGACAACAAAUCAAGUUCUGCAACUGCUGAGAAAGUAGAGGCAAACAAUAUUGAAAAUGGGAAGAAAGCUGGGAAGGAAGAGCACGAAGGCCAUGAGUCACCUAUACGUCUUACAUUGGAAGAUGAUGAAUCACUUAUUGAAACAACUGAGAGUGAAUCCGCACGUAAAUCCAAAGCAGGAGACAAAACCGAAGAUAAGAAGAGUGAACCGUCGUCGCAGCCGGAAUCCAAGUCUGAAGAGAAAUCUGAAGGUGCCAAAGUUACUAAUGAUGGAAACAAGGGGACAGGAGAAUCUGUUAGUAUUAAAACUGGAGGCAACAAAUUGCAAAAGAAAAUCGGCAUCAAAUCAAACCCCAACGUCGUUUGGAUCAGUAAUGUUGCCCAAAAUACCCGUGCCAGUGAAUUGAAAGCUGCUCUAUCUGCUUGUGGAAAAGUAACUGGGGCUAAGGUAGUGGUUAACGCAAGAUUUCCAGGAUCGUCUUGCUUUGGAUAUGUUACGAUGAGUUCUGUGGAAGACGUUGAGAGUGUUAUUACCAAACUGAAUAACACUGAGCUAAAUGGACAAAUUAUUAAGAUCGAUAAGUUUGACAACGUGAGAGAAGAGCAAAUGAAACAAAUGAAAGCAGCUGCUGCAGCAAAUCGACCCCUUCAGAAGGACGAUAAAAUUCCCAGAAGAAGAUCAAGAUCACCCAGAAAGGAAGGCGCAAAGGAUGACAAGGACGAAAAAAUGGAUGUUACUAAGACUGAAGCAGAAGAGAAAAAAACAGAUGAGGCUGAGGUUAAAGACAAACCAGAAGGUGAAAGUAACCAGAAUGCAUCAAAAGAUGAAAGUAAAGAGGGAGGUGAACAGAACAAAAGUGUUGAGAAAAAAGAUGAGACUUCUGCCAGGAAAUCAAGAGACAGGAGUCGAGGACACAGCAGGAAUGCAUCCAGGUCUGGCAGAUCUGACGCCAAGAGGUCGCCUCAUGAUAGACACAGAAGAACAAGAUCUGGAGAUAGGGAAAGGCAUUCAAUUCGUUCCACUUCAAGGGGACACCAUGAACGUGAUGUUCUUACAUUUGAUAAAAUCAGGGAGGAAAGGGAACGUCAAAGACUUCGCGAUAAGGAGAGGAUGUUACGUGAGGAGAUUCGCCGCCGGCACGAAGAAGCCUCGCGUCAGAAAGACGUAGAAAGACGUCAGCGCAUGGAAGCACAUCGUCUUGAACGAGAAAAAGAAAAACUACGUAUGGAAAGAGAGAAAAUCGAACGUGAAAAGGCAGAUCUGGUAAGAUUGGAGCGUGAACGUCAACGAUUGGAACGCGAAAAGAUCGCCAUUGAGAAGAUGGAAUUGGAAAGAACUCUGAAAAGAUUGGACGAGGAGAGAAGAGCUGUCAAAAGACCGGCUCCGUACCGCAGAGAUGAUGGUUUCGAUGAUAGGAAGAGGUCUGCACCAGACCGGCAUUACAAUGACGCUCCUCCACCCCCGAGUAGCUUGAAACCUCGAGAACCAAGUCCGAAAAAAUUUAGUGGUUCCAAAGACUCUUUCAAUAAACCUCGUUCACCUUAUGACUCGAAGAGAGAUGCUUCAUACCCCGACAAACGUGGCCGUGAUUAUGAACUUUCUCGAUCUUCUGCCCUCGGUAGACCAUCGGCCAGUCCCAGCUCUAGCAAAUAUGAAGGGAGACCUUAUGACAACAACAGGGAUGCGCGAAGUAGAAGAGACAUGCCCCCGAGACCGAAAGACGUAAGGUUUGAUGAUAGAGAAACAGGACGAGACAGAAGCCCACACUUCAGGCCGCCGCUGAGGGAUGACAGGCGCCCUGGCAUACCUGAAGGGAAACCAGAUAUGCUUAGCAGAG